GACAUAGCUUCAAAAGGCGCACAGCGGCGGCGCGCUGCGUUUUGCGGUGGUUUUCUUGGUAUCCAGUGGUGUCAAAUCAUCUAUUUGAAAUAUGAACAUGACUACAGUUACCCGCGGAAGAUGUGAAUGACAACGUUCGCAUCUAAAACACCCUUCAGCUCCGGCUGACUGGCAUGGCGUCAGUCAGAUCUGCAAGGCUGCCCUUGCGGCUCAUAGACCUUUGCAGAACCAAACAGCAUGGUUGUCUCACCAGCUUGCGGCUUGAGAGUGCUGCACAGGUGGCUGAAAACACAACCAUUCCUUUGGAGCUUCCUGGCGAAGCUCGUGUGGUCAUCUGUGGAGGUGGUGUUGUAGGCUGCUCAGUGGCAUAUCAUUUGGCUAGAGACCAUAGCCUCACUGACGUCGUUCUUCUUGAGAAAGGAGUGAUUGGAGGUGGCUCAACUAAGCAUGGUGCUGGGCUCCUGGGGCAGCUGAAGGCCACAACAAUAGAGUGCAGAGUUUCGAAGUACAGCAUUCAGCUGUACAAAGACUUUGAAAACAGAGGCUUUGACACAGGAUGGAACCAGUGUGGAAGUCUUCUUCUUGCUCGCACAAAAGACCGCCUCUUUUACUUCAAGAGACUAGCAGCAAUGGCAACGUCACUAAACCUUGAGUGCCAUUUGCUGUCUCCAGCAGAGGCACAGUCAAAGGCUCCAGAUAUCACAACUGACUUGUUAGAAGGCGCUCUAUGGGUGCCUGGUGAUGGCGUGGCAGACCCUUCGCUUGUCUGCAAAGUACUUGCUGAACAAGCAUCUGAGAUGGGCAUUAAAAUUGUGGAAGGUUGCUCAGUUGAAAAAGUCACUGCACAUGGCCGCCAGAAUAUACAUGAUGUGGAAACCAACUGGGGAACUAUACGCUGUGAAUAUUUUGUGAACUCAGCUGGAUAUUUUGGCCGGCACCUCGGUAAAAUGAGCAUACCUGAAGUUAAGGUUCCUCUGUACCCAUGUGAGCACCACUUCCUCCACACCUUACCUGUGGAAGGCAUGGAUCCUGACAUGCCUGUGAUUCAUGACUGUGAUGGCCACUUUUACUUGAGAGCGCAUGAAGGAGCAUAUCUUGCUGGUGGCUUUGAACCACAAUGUAAGCCAGCUGAUCUGAGCAUCCUUCCAUCUGGAGAACUGGGAACACUUCCAGAAGACUGGGAUCAGUUCUAUGUCCUGUUGAAGGAAAUUCUUUUUCGCUUUCCAAAACUGGGAAACGUGGCAGUGGACAGACUUUAUAAUUGCCCUGAAAGCUUUACACCCGAUUGUCGUUGGAUCAUAGGAGAAGCUCCUGAGGCAAAGAACUAUUUUGUGGCCUCUGGAAUGAAGUCUGUUGGCAUUGAGGCUGCUGGUGGCUUGGGUGAAGUCACAGCUGAAUGGAUUGCAAAAGGAGAGCCGAAGCUUGACUUAUGGGACAUUGACAUACGGAGGUUCAUUGGGAUCCAUAAUAAUGCUCAUUUUCUUCGAGAUCGAAUGACGGAGGCACCAGGCAUGCAUUACAAGCUGUGUUAUCCUUUUGUGGAAUUUCAAACUGGCCGAGAGCUGCGUAUGUCACCCAUAUAUCCUCGUCUCAAACUGGCUGGAGCUGUUUUUGGACAAACAAUGGGUUAUGAAAGGCCCCACUAUUACACAUCUAGUGAUCCAAACAUUCUGACAGGAACGGACCUGCCUUCAGCCAAAGUUGAUGUAUAUGGAAAGCCGCCAUGGUUUGAUGCAGUGAAAUCUGAGUAUGAAGCCUGUCGAGAAAGGGUUGCUCUUCUGGACUAUUCCUCUUUCACCAAAUUGGAAGUUUGGUCUCCUGGUAGUGAGGUGGUUGAUCUGCUGCAAUACUUGUGUUCAAAUGAUAUUGAUAUCCCCGUGGGAAGCAUUGUUAACACUGGUAUGCAAAACCAUUGGGGUGGCUAUGAAAAUGACUGCAGCCUUGUGAGGCUCGAGAAAAACAGGUACAUGAUAGUGGCACCUACCAAGCAGCAGAUGCGCUGCCAGACAUGGAUUCGUCGCCAUGUGCCCUAUGACAGCCCUAUUGUCGUUGCUGAUGUCACUUCUAUGUACACUGCCAUCUGCAUCAUGGGCCAGCGAGCACCAAACCUCAUGUCAGAACUUACUGACACUUCGUUAACAUCCAAAGACUUUCCACUGUUCACAUGGAAAGAGCUGGACUUAGGUUUGGCCAGUGGCAUCAAAGUUUUUCACAUGACUCACACUGGAGACAGAGGAUGGGUCUUGUACAUACCUAAUGAGUAUGCUCUUCAUGUAUAUGAUAGAAUCCUUGAAGUGGGUCAGAAGUAUGGAAUUCAGCAUGCUGGUUACUUUGCGAUGAGGACGCUUCGCAUUGAGAAGUUUUUUGCCUUCUGGGGAAAGGACCUGGAUUGCACAACAACACCAUUUGAGUGUGGACGAGCCUUCAGGGUGAAGUUUGAUAAAGACUUUCUUGGCAAGGAAGCUCUGUUGCAGCAGAAGAAAGCAGGUGUGACGCGAAGGUAUGUGCAACUGCUGCUUAAGGAUCACGACCCUGACUAUGAUCCAUGGCCUUGGGGUGGAGAGCCCAUCUUGUUUGAGGACCGCUGCAUUGGAAUGACAUCCACUACCUGUUAUGGAUUUACACUUGGCGGACAGGUCUGCCUGGGCUUUGUGGAAAACAAGGACGAGAAUGGUGUGCCACAGGUGCUGACGAAUGACUUCAUCUUGAAGAAUGAGUUUUGUGUCGACAUUGCAGGCCAUAAGUUUGCAGCUCGAGCCAAUAUUCAUUCACCAUCUUUGGCUUAUCAGGUGACCACCCCUGACCGACUUUACCUAGCAACUAGAUGAAGACCUUUCUUGGAUGGGCCAUACAUGCCAGUUAAUGCGUUGGACUGGUAUUUGUAGUUAAUUAGUACCUGGAGAAUGGCUUUUAUAACAGCACUAUGUACCGAUACCCUUUGCUGGUUUUCUCAAAAUGCUUGUUGCUGAGAGCGCAUACUCUCGGCAGCUUAUUUGCAGCAUUUCAGUGGAUUAAAUUGCUUAAUUUAUUGAGUUGUUACUUUGGAACUUUGCUUAAUGAUAAAGUAAUUAUGUCUAGUCAUCCUGUCUGAACUUAGAGUUUUGUGGUCCAUAUAGUGUUUUUGGGAAGGUUGCCUGAACAGGAAUAAAGUGCCUCAGACAGGCUGGCCUACAAGUAUCUACAGCAACACCACGUGAUUUGAUGUCACUGGCUGACCUGUUCACAACAAACAUGCCAAGGGUGAUGAGUUGCCUUUGACGAAGAUAGGUCCACCUAUCGAAAUGUUGGUUAGCCUCUGUCCGAGUCCCUUAUUGUUCAGACAACCUGUAUAUCACAUUGUGUUUCCACCCGUCGGUUCCCACCUGUACUUUGGAUAUAGUGUUUUUGAUGCUCUAAGCUCGAAGAACUGUUUUGUUGUGAUCUUUUGCUAGAAGGUAAAAAAACAGGGAGUGAGAUGUGAUGGUGACUCAGCUGUGCAUUGAUCCAAAAACAGUGUCUAUGUAUGUGCAUGUUUCUGAUUGUUGCUGCAUCAAUAUCUUUAAAAAAAAGCAAACUGUCGCUGAAUUGAAGUUGAUCUGAUUUGUUAACAUCCAUAUAGCUUCCUGUGGAAGAUGAAUAUUUAUUCUGACUGCUAUCUUAACAAAAAGUAGUUAAAAAAGUGCAAACUAUGUGUCGCACUCAAUGAGCUUUCUUUCAGUAUUAAAGAGGCCCUGAAACACCAUCUGUAUUUCUUUGUAUUUGUGUCCUCAAAGGGUCCUAAUCAAGGGGCACUAUGUGAGGUGUAAAAAUCGACAAAUUAAUACCUUCCUAAGUAAUCACAGUAAGGCAUCACUAUUGGACUCUGUUGCCUUGUGAAUCUCCUGCUGAAAUUUUUUUUUUAAUCCUUCAUGUAUAAGCAGUGUCAGAGUGUCAGAGCUACAAUAGUGGGGAAAUGACAAGGUUGUGAGGCCCCGCCUAAAUGUUAUGUUGGUGCAUGCCAUGGCCUGCCUUGCUCAUUUUCUUUUGUUUUUUCUUUCCAAUGUGUUUGCCGCUACUUUCGAUUGAGGUGUGUGCGCUGCUCUCUCAAUAUAAGAUGAGAGCUGGGGCUGUCUUGUAUCGCUGCGCUCUUGGAGGUACGUCACACAAAGAUACCAAGCUGAGAAUGUGGUUGUUGGAGCAUCUCAUGGCAAUCCGUGGUGGCCUCGGAAUGUACACUGUGCAGCAGAAGCAUCUAGAUGCAACUGUCAUUUGCUAAUUGUACAACAGGGCUGAAGUGUGAGCUUGUGCUCAUGUGCUUAGGUCUGGUUGCACUGCAUGAAUAUGUUGUGUGUACUAGCUUUGUCUGUGCCGACUUGAUUGACAGACAGCAGCCAAAUUCAGAUUGUGGAUUUUAAAUUUCUUUCAGUUAUUGUACCUCGAAACUUUUACAGUCCGUUCAGCCAAACCUAAGGAGGGCGCAAGCAAAAGUCAAUGGACUCGUGAGACACCCGUUAGAUUGCUUUGAUGUUCUCAGUCGAUUGCAUUGUUACUUCCUAUUACUUCCUAUUCCUAUUUCCCCUUCGGUCACCUCGACAUCACCUCCGGUUCUCCAUGAUGAGACUUGGUCCCUGAGGAAUUAAUUUGCAUUUAAUUCACCUUCAGUUCACUUCAACAUUUGAUUCACUUGCAUACAUUAUUACUUUAAUUUAUUUUAAUUCAAUUUUAAUUCACCUUUAAUUAACUUUCAUUCACAUGUGAUUCACCUUAUGCACUUAUUAUCACUUGUAAGCACUUGGCUUACACUUAUUACGUCAAGCCCUCCUCCCUUCCCCUUGAAGCUUUCUGUACCUCACCUGGUGUUGCACUAACUCCAGGAUCAGCCCACCUGACUUUUGGCCCCAUUCGUGUUCAUGCCGCCAGAUGCUGGAACUUCGAGGCUUUUAUGUCCGGGGUCGGCGUAGAACUGAUCACGUGGCCUUUGGCCUUGAAGUGUGAUGAGAGUCAGGCUCGCUAGGAGGGGAAGGGCUGCACCGUGCUGCGAGCGUGUUGCGAGAGGCGAAGGCAUGCUGCGAGAUGCGAGGGCGAGGGUGGACGAUGUCGAGGGGUGAACCUUCGAGAAAUGCGCCAAGAUGAGGUAAUAAUGAGGCGCAGUAGAGCGUAAAAUAGCGUGUCACUGUCAUUGUCAGUGUUCAGGAGUUUGCGCUUUCAGAAUGGCGAACAUUUCUCAUUCUCCCGAUGAAGAAGCCACCCGACGGGAGUGUCAGUGAGAGCUGACGCAAGAACGGGCAUGCCGUCACCGAGCCAACCGCAAUGUUCGUGCAAGGGAAACCGAAGCUAAGCGCCAGCAAAGUGAAGACUUGAAAAACAUAGAAGUACGAUAUAGCUUGAUGAAUGACGGGCAUAAGCUUCGCUGUUUCGACAGUGUUCGCGAAGUGGAGCUGGCUGGAUUUUUUUUUUGCUCGUGAUCCGUAUAACGCUUUCGCCUUGAUAUUGAUAUCUGCCAAGGCAUAUAGUUCAUUAGGCGUGGCAUGCACAAGGCACGUAGAAGAGAGCUGCCAUGCACUGCCAAGCGUGCAUGUGGUCUUAGAGACCACAAGUGAUAGUCAUAAGGUAUGUGGCCCCUGGCAGCUUCAAUUAGCAGCAGCAUUGUGUUUUUUGUGGUAGGCACGGAAGCACAGUGCUGGAAUGAACCAUGCGUGUAUACACUUCCAAGUCCAAAACAAUGAUGAAAUUAUUUGUGGUUCCUCCCUCCGUGGGCACAGUCCUAUCCCCCUUUCCACCACCCCCCUCCCCCACCUUGGGACAACGAAACGCCUAUGCCUCUGAUUGCAGACAUAUACUUUUUUUAUUCAUUCAACUAAAAAUGAGUGACACUACUGUUAUUCAGAAAUUAAAAAAUACUUGUUGUGCCCUCUUGUUACAUAGCUGGUAACGAUACUGCAAAGGAGAAGGAAAGAGCAGAUAUAUUUUUGGCUGUUUUUGACACAAUUUCGUAAAUUUUCUGCUGCAUGCGAUGCAGUAAUACUCCACUCGCAUGACCGCAGGUGCAUCAUAUGCAGAUUGGCUGAAAUGUGGCUUGAGAUGAUUUCGUUUUUCGUUGUUACGUAGUAGUUUGUUUUUGUUAUAUGUGCAGAUCCUGCUUCCUAUAUGUUGUAGUUAAAUAGAGACAGGCAUACGGUCCAGGAUGCAUUUUCCUAAGACAACUAGAAGGCAAAAGCCAUCUACUUGUUCUUCAUUUUCUUCUCAGUCAAUUGUACUUGUACCCCCCCCCCCUUCCCUGCCCAAAAGCUUUCUGCACCCAACUUGGUUUUGCAGUGCCUCAGGGAUCGGCCCACUUUUGACCAAGAGACAAUGUGAUGCGACGUCAUCAUGUGACGUUCCAUUAUGCGAUGUCAUAGUGACGUCAUCACAUGAUGAUCAUUUUUUUUUGCAUCACUCAUGUUGACGCUGACGGUGACAGUCACUUUUCACGUUUGUUGAGGCAUCUAAGGCUUUCGCCUUAAUAAACUGUGGUUGUUAGCGUCAUGUCUAUUGUACUAACUUCACCCUAUCUGAAGCGCUGUUCAAUUCUGCUCCAAUAAUGUACUAAGAAGCUCAUUCCGGCACAAUUCUUCAGAUUGGCAACACUUUCUUUAUAUGGUCAAAAAGUGUUUCAAGGCCCCUUUUAUGUGAGCUGUUCCAACUAGAUGUCAUCAGUAAUUUAAAAAUACCAAUGUUGGGUUCAUACAAGUAGUGAUCAGUGUGUUUUGAUGGUCAUUGUUUGUGUUACAAGUCAUGAGUAUGUAUUUAAAAAAUUUUGCAGAGAUAUUUAUUUGAGUUCAAUUAGAUAAUUUUAAAGGGUUCAUGAACCACCGCUCAAGCUUGGUUAGAAAACACAUCCUGCGGAUAGCAGACACUGCUAUGAACAUCUCAGCCAAAUCUUGCAGUCGUGCGCGGCAAGGAGAGCUUACAAGCGGAGCGCGAAGUUGUCAUUUUCUCAGGUGCCCUGUUUUCAUACAGAGGCCCGUCCUCACUCGCUUCGAAGCUGCUGGCACCCGCUGUUUGACGUCGAACAGCGGGUAGCAUGCUAUUGGCCAAUAGCUCACAUAAAUCAAGUGUGCCGUUUGGAUCUGAUGCACUUCUUGCCACGUGCCAGUGGAGUGCUCCAUAGUCUGCUAACAUUACACAGUGAGCCACUCUUACAAAAAUUACAAUGGGAGAGCGAUUGCUUUUCAUCUCGUGCACUCAAGGUCAUGAUGCGCACUCACGUAACUUCUUCUUCCCCCCCUUUGCCGUGCCAUCCCUCCCUGCUUAGCUUCCAGCACACUCGUCUGGGCGAGGGAAGAGAGAAAGCGCUUAAGGCGUGCGGAAAAUCUCUGUAAUUCUGCUCAUUCUAGGCAGAUUUUAGAAAUUUUUGCGGCAAUUGAUUCAUGAGGCAAUAAACUCUGAUACUGAGGUCAUUCUAUGAUUACUUGGAAAAGUGGUUCAUGACCCCUUUGAGUUACCUUUUCAAUAGGGCAUCAUGCAAGUAUAGUGGGGGACCUUGAGAAAUUACCAAUGUAUAACCCUUUAACCCUUUUGAAGAAUCAAUGUAUGUAUUUCUUGAAAACCUGCCUUUAUUUAUUUUGUCUUUUUUUUUUCUAAAAAUAUGGUACUGUUAUACCGCCUUUGUUGAAAGAAAAAUACCAAAAGGCAUUGUGCAUUAUUUAUUUAUGUGCCAAAAUUACAAGGCACAAGAAAAUGACAAAAAAAAUUUUUGGCAGGCUUUUUUAUUACAUUAGAAGAGAAGAAUACAAAAUUACUUAGGUCGCUUUAAUUUGCUGUUACUGGUCAUUUAUUGACAUCCCCCACAACUUUUGCUUCGAUGUCUUAUUGAUAGGGUGAGUUGACAUAAAAGUUUGAGAAUAAGUUUAAUUGAGUAAUAUAUUUUGCAAAAUGGAACAUAAAAGAUAUUCUCGACUAGGAUGGACACCGCCUAUAAAAAUACAAUGGAUGCUGGUCACACAAUGCGUUCCGUUAAUUUUUGUUUGGAUAACUGGUAUAAAAAAAUGUAUCAACAGCCAUAAAGAACACAUCUGCUGUAUGUUUAGAUAUUGUUCUUUGAUCGGUUUCCGAUUGACUGUUGUGCCAUGUUCCCAUGAAGUACCUAACUGUUCCUGCUUUGCAGAGUGUGAAUAAAGUAGUCUUACUUUUA